CCCCGCCUUUAAGGGUGAAGGAAAGGAGACCGAGCCUGUCUGAGUGGCCCCCAUGCUGACAGCCUGUGUCUUUAAGGAGCCAUGUAAAGAGGGCGUGUUCAAACACACUACCAAGGCAGGAGGCAUUGUAGUGACUUAUUGCGCCUCAAAGCAGCACCAUCGCUACUGAGGAUGCGGUGACAGCACCAGUAAUAUUGCUAUAUAUACAAAAAGACAUCUGUCUGUCAAACACACUUCUGUGGAUUUCCCCAGAGUUUGAUCUGAACGCUUUACGUUUUCUUUUCGUUUGCUGAAUGCGACCCCAUUGUCAACCUGCUGGGGGCCUAAAAGUGAAGCAGCACCCGGCUUCAUGAAUGGGGAUGCUCGGUUCCCACGCUGACUGCACUUGAGGAUCGUCAUUAAUCAUUCCAAGGUCUCUAAUAAGGAUUACAUUAAAGAUUUGGAAGCUCUUUGUGACCUCGCAAAACAAAACCGCUAAUCAGCCACCAUGCCAAUCCUUAAACAGCUGGUGUCCGGCACCUCGCAGACCAAGCGACGCUCACGCAUGGACUUGACCAGGGAGAUGAUCAGCGCUCCACUGGGAGACUUCCGCCACACCAUGCAUGUAGGCCGCAGUGGUGAUGCGUUCGGAGACACCUCCUUUCUCAGCACCCGCUCAGGAGAACCUCCCCCUGAGAGCAACUUCUUCCCCCGCUCUCCCCGGCCCGGCCUCCUGUCUCGCACCUUCAGGAGCAGCAAACGCUCCCAGUCGGUGACCAGAGUGGACCAGCACAGAGACAACCCCCUGGAGACCCCUGGUGGGUCACCGACCUAUGUGAAGAAUGCCAUGUCCAUGCCCUUCCUCAAUGAUGACGACAGAGGGGACAGUAUGGUGGCAAAGAGUUUGUCCUCAAGUCCUUUAAAGCAUCACGGGGAGGUGGAUGGGAGAGGCGCAGCUGCAGCUGCUCACUUCCUGGAGCUGGAAGAGCAAUGUUUUGGGGAGCUGACUGAGCUUCCAGAGAGCUCCCACCACUACGGUGGCGGCAUGAAGCACGCCGAGUCAGUGAUGUCUUUCCACGUCGACCUGGGACCCUCUAUGCUGGGAGACAUCCUCGGGGUGAUGGAGAAGGAGGAUGACGAUCUCGGCUACGAGGAGGGCAAGAGCAGCGAGGGCCACGCCUCACCAACUCUCAGCACCCACGGCGAGGAAGAGGAUAGCGUGGAGAGAGAAAAAGAUGGGGAUGGGGAUGGGGAUGCAGAGGAGGAGAUGGACAAAGAAGCCGCAGAACUGCAGCAGCAGACCUUCAAGCAUCCGGCCAGCUCUGUAGAUCUGGAGCCUGAGAUUGGAGGCCCCUACACCCCAGAGUAUACUCCCGAAACUCGGCCCAAACACUUGCAGCAUCUAGACAGCUGCUCCAUGUCCAGCUCUGGCUCUGCUGCCCUGGAUGAGAAACCGAACAGCCAGACCUAUGCAGGAGACACAGACAGCGCCACCUUCAGUGCCCCGCCGGAGGAGGAGAGCAACUUCUCCUCUUUCUUGGAGGAUGAAGACGAUGAGAUCCGCGUGUGAGACUCUGAAGUCUUCUAAAAAAAAUAUCAAAAAGAAAAAAAAAAAAUAGGACCGAGCUCUGGAAGGGGACUGGCAAGUCCUUUGACAGUGUGGAUUUGCACUUGAACAGAAAUAAGACAAUGUUGUCUGUCGGGUACUGUGGGAAUGGGACUGUGAAGAAGACGGGACGACUCUUGCUUUGUAGGUCUGCGAGGAGAGAGUGACUGUUCCUUUUUUGGAAGAGCCCAAAACUCCAACUGUCUUACCCUCCACUGUCUGUCAAUCCGUCUCUCCCUUUUGAACACUGAGGGAACUGACAUGGAACAACAGCCACUCUGAAUAUGGAACAUUCCAGAAGUAAGCAGGGAGGACGGGUUAGAAAGAAACUUUUAGGGAAAACACUUUCCAUAACUAAAGCUCAGUUCACACCUUCUCUCUCUUUCCUCUCACUUGACAUGUCACAUGUGCUUUUCAAAUUUUGGUUUGCCUCUCUUCUUCUUCUUCUUCUUCUUCUUCUUCUUCUUCUUGUACUUUCUCUCACUGGCUGUGGGACAUCAUGAGGCCUGAGCUGAACAGAAGGCCUCUGUCACCACAGGACCACUGGUGGGUAUCUUGUCACAAUAAAGGGGGCUGUGUUUGUCACUGCAGUGUGAAGCCCUGCCUUGAGCCCUUUUUUCAUCUGAAAAUAUUAUAGCAAAGUGCCAUAGAUCUGUCAGAGCUUUUCCCCCUUAUGCAACUUGGGGUCCUUGUGACGCUGUUCAAAGGCUGCAAGUUCCUGCUGUAAAGCUGGACCACAAAGCCCAAAACCAAAAUGUAUCUUCUGUUUUUUUUAAUUCACAGGCUUAGCCUCAGUGCAAAUGAGAGAAAAGCAGGGUUGUAAUGCUAAUGGUGGAUUAAUUUGCCUGCAUUAACUAUAAAGCGCGGUGUGACGAGGAGAGCGUGGAGAGGGAUUGUACACUGUGUUAGUUGUUGAACAGAUUCUUUAUUUGCCGUACCCGUGAAGCCGUUAUGAUGAUGAUUUUACAGAUUUACGUUAACCGACACGAAUUGGCUACCUUCUUCUUACCGGUCUUUCAUUUCAAGUUGAAACCGAAAAAGUUUGAUAACCACUUCCUUCCUUGUUUUCGUACAUCCAAGCAACUGCAGUGGUGCAACUGAAUUGUGUAAAUGAUGUUGAUCCUCAUCAGCGGCUGCAUUUCUUUUAAUGUAUCAAACGGUUUCCACUACUACUCGUGAGGAGGGCUUUAAGAUAUGUAUUGUUGGAAGUCCGUGCUGCAGGCACAAUUGAACCAGACACUACUGGUAUUGGGUGUUUAAUACCUGUUGUUGUUUUUUAUCUUUGAACAAAAAAAAAAUGUUAUGCUACGUCUGUUUAUAAAGUGGAUAGAAAAGAAAGACACAGCCAGCAAUAGAUUUACAAAAAAGAAGAAAUUGCUAUUUUUAUUCAAGUUGCAUAGUCAUUGCAGCUUGACUGUAUCUCUUGCAUCAUUAAAAGCCGCGGCCAGAAGUAUUGAGGCUCAGUUGCGCUGAUUUGAUUUCACUGCCUUAACUGAAACUGACAGAUGUGCCAAAUCACAAUUUUCUAGCCAAAAAUAAUUUUACUUGUGAAGCUCACUUUUGGGAGAGCCUGUCAAAUGCGUCUGUCUUUUCCUUCUCUGUGUGGGUAAUCACUGUUGAGAUUUGAGUUUAAGGCUGAGUUUCAGCACGUAGGUUAAAAAAAAAUAAUGUCUUUCCUGGUCAUGUCAAAUCAUGCAGACGGGAAGAAAAAGAAAAAAAAAGGAAAAGAAUGAAUUUGCAUAACUGGAUAUUUAUCAAUCACUCAAACACUACAUAAUAUAUUCAGGUAAUUUCUUAACAAUUGUGUGUGAAUGGGAAGUUGUCUGUGUUGCUCUCUCUGUAUAAUGUGUAUGAUGCCUUACUUCUUUACUGUUACCUUUUUUUCUGUAUUAUCCAAAAUAACCUAUAUUUUUCAAUAAAAUAAAUCCUGAACAUCUUU